CUCAAAUUUUCUCAGCUUUUCUCUCUCUAAACAUGAGCUUCGUGGCACCAUCUUCUUCAACAGUCGUGAAGAAAAUGAAAUCAUACAGAGGAAAGAUACCUCUCUCUAUUAUCACAGCUUCACUCUGCAGUUUUGUGUUCCUUGCUCUCUUAUAUACAGAAAGACUAAGCUUUCUCUCUUCAAAUUCUAUUCUCAAAGCUGGAUCCUGUGCGAGAAGAAGUGCUGUUGUAAAGCCUAAGAGAAUCGAGAAAAAUCCCGACCUCGACGACAGGUUCGAGUUCGAGCCUGACGAAUGCGAUAUUACUCGAGGGAAGUGGGUGUUCAACCUUUCCAUCAAGCCAUUGUACACGGAUACGAGUUGUCCGUACGUCGAGAGACAAUUUUCCUGUGAGAAAAAUGGUCAGCUUGAGUUUGAUUACCGUCAUUGGGAAUGGCGGCCGGAUGACUGCUACUUGCCCAAAUUUGAUGCGGAGGUUGCACUUAAAAAGCUUAGGGGAAAGAGGCUGGUGUUUGUGGGGGAUUCCCUGCAAAGAAGCCAAUGGGAGUCUUUGGUUUGUAUGGUUGAAUGGACUAUUCCUCCCCCACACAAAUCUAUGAAACGAGGCAGAAUUCGUAAUGUCUUCAAAGCCAAGGAAUAUAAUGCAACUAUUGAGUUCCACUGGGCACCAUUUCUUGUUCAAUCCAAUACGGAUCUCAGUAUCUUAGAACCAAAGAAGAGAAUCAUAAAAAUAGAUUCGGUUUCCAAUUCCUCGAGAGACUGGGAAGGAGCUGAUAUCCUUGCCUUCAAUACUUAUGUUUGGUGGAUGAUUGGCCCUAGGCUCAAAACACUGUGGGGUUCAUUUGCCAACGGUGAAGAAGGUUAUGAGAAGCUGGAUGCACGGGUUGCCUACAAGAUCGGUCUGAAGACGUGGGCUAAUUGGAUCGAUUCAACCAUAAAUCCCAACAAGACACGAGUUUUCUUCACAACUAUCUCCCCUCUGCACACGAAGAGCAAAGAUUGGGGCAGAGAAGAUGGGUUGAGAUGCUUCAACGAAACAGAGCCUUUGAAGAACAAGAACUUCUGGGGAAGCGGCGCCGACAAGGAGAUGAUGAGCGUGGCGGCCGGCGUGAUCAAGAAGAUGAAAGCUCCGGUGUCGGUUCUUAAUAUAACGCAGCUCUCUAUGUACAGAGUCGAUGCACAUUCGUCCAUCUAUACAGCAAAUGGGGGAAAGCUAUUGACCGACGAGGAAAAGGCAGAACCAGGGACAUAUGCCGACUGCAUCCAUUGGUGCUUGCCUGGAGUUCCAGAUACUUGGAAUCACUUACUUUUUGCACAUUUGUAA